AUGGCCAGGCAAUUCGUGAAAUUAGGUGAUUUCAGUGUCUACAAAUCCGGAAACGAUACCAAAAGAAUUCUGGUGAUUUUCACUGAUAUUUAUGGCUACAGAUAUAACAAUGUCAAUCUGAUUGCCGACAAGUUUGCUGAUAACUUGGGCUACCAAGUUCUGAUCCCAGACCUUUUCGAUGAGGAUCCAGCUAUUCCUCAGAAGACCAACAUAGGUGAGUGGCUGGGUAAGCAUUCUCCUGCUCAGACGGGUCCAACUGCCAAAGCCUUCUUGGAGUACCUGAAAAAGACAUACGAUCCCGCCUAUCUGUGCACCAUUGGCUACUGUUAUGGUGCUAAGUUGGUUUUCCAGAAUGCCACCAAGGACAGUCUCCCAAAUGUUUGUGCCAUGGCUCACCCUAGCUUAACUGAGGAGUCUGACUUGGAAAACCUUGCAAAGCCUUUGCUUCUCAGUUUGGCAGAAAGAGAUGAGCUAUUUUCUGAUGAAAUGAGAAACAAAGCUGCCGAGAUUUUGCGCAAGAAUAAUAUCAGACAUCAGAUUGAUAUUUACAGUGGCACUUCUCAUGGUUUCACCAUCAGAGGUGAUCUUUCUGACCCUGUUGUCAAGUAUGCUGUUGAGAAAUCUCUUUUGGACCAAUCGUACUGGUUCAAAUCUUUAGAGCCAGAGUACGUCAAGAAUUAG